UUUACCCGCCGCAUCCGAAGCACCCGCUCCAUAACCAUGCCGAUCCGGAACCCCUUUGCGCGGCGGCAAGCAGACGAGGCCUCUCUGCGCCCGCCGCUGACCAUCGAGCCUGCGCUCAAGACCCCGCCUGGGUUUGAGCGCGUCGACACUGUCGGCUCGAAAGCCUCGUCGGCCGUCAGCAUCAGCAGCCGACGCAGCCAAGACAAAGGCGAAUACAAGAUGAGCGUGGUCAACGACAGCGGUGUAUAUUUACCGCCAUCACCUACCGAAGAGAAGGCAUCAUGGCCUCGUCGAUACCUCUCGCGCAACUCGACCGACACCAGAAGCGAGGUGGGCGAGAUCGAGCCGUUUGGGAUCUCGCGGGAGUCAUUUGACUCUUACCGCCGCUCUUUUGAUAUUUCAGCGCGUUCCCCGAUUGUAAGCCACGACAGCUAUACCCGCCGUUCCAUGGAUUCGGCGAGAUUCGCGCGCAUGCCUCGACAGCGCCUCUUCGAGCGCGACACGCCAACAUCAGUCGAGGAGGGCGAAGGCGAAGGGUUCGAAGAGGUCGGCCUGAACGACGACGAGAAGAAACAGGGCACCGAACCAACCCAACAACAAGCACCACUGCAUCCCCCGCAACAGAAGAAGAGAGGGUUUUUUGCCAAGUUUUCCGACCACAACCAAGACGGCAGCGCCCUCUCACCAACGCUAGCGUCACCAUCACCUACAUCCUCACGGUUCUCGCUACUGGCUGGUCGCAAGCGGGCGCAGAGCAGCAGCCAGGGGGCCGAGCUAGGCGCCAUGGAGAGACCACGGUCCGCCAACAGGGACAUGGCUCGAGAGAUGACCGAUGUGUCUGCGCAGGCCUAG